AUGCCCUGGAAACCACCCACUAUUGGCAAUCGCACGGUGGCUAUUCUGGGAGCCGGUGUGCUAGGCCGUCGAAUUGCCUGUGUGUGGGCUGCAGGAGGAUACAAUGUAGCCAUCCGCGACCCGAGUGCGGACCAACGAACCUCGGCUGUGAAUUUUGUCGACAACAACCUUGCCAGUUUUUAUAAGACGCUUGGAAACACCAAUACCAAGAUGGGUCAGUGCACCGCAUAUGAGGACCUGGAUCGGGCCGUCAAAGAUGCCUGGUUUGUUGUCGAGGCCGUUCCCGAGAAACUAGACCUUAAGAUCAGCACCUUUGCUGAAUUGGCCCAGAAAGCGCCUGAUGACUGCAUUCUGGGUUCCAAUUCCUCCUCUUUCAAGUCUCGAUUUAUGGUAGAGAAACUGAAUGAGGAAGACAAAAAGCGUGUUCUAAACGUUCAUUAUACCAUGCCCCCCGUCCGAGUCACUGAAUUUAUGACCAGCACUUUUACUGAUCCUGCCAUUUUUCCCUUCCUCGAGGAGAAGCACCGGGAUGUUGGAUUGAUUCCUGCUACGGCGCGCAAGGAAUCGACUGGUUUCAUUAUUAACCGCCUGUGGGCGGCCAUGAAGCGAGAGACUUUGAUGAUUUUGGCAGACGGAGUUACUGAUCCGAAGCAAAUUGACGAGUUAUUCGUGGAGAUGUUUGGAGCGACAGUUGGCCCUUGCACUGCCAUGGAUGGAGUGGGUCUUGACACUGUUGCUUUCAUUGAGGAGAACUAUAUCAAGGAGCGAGGCCUGCCCAGCUACCCCGUUGAGUGGCUGCGAAAGAACUAUGUCAGCAAAGGGAAACUCGGAGCCAAGAGUGGAAACGGCGGUCUCUAUCCUGCGGGCUAUACCAUCAAGAAGGGCGCUGCUAGCCAGCACAACAACCUGACUGCUCCGACCCUAUACGUGCUAGAUGUAGGGGCUGGCGAGAAUGUAACGAGCAACUUCUUCUCAUCUGGAAAGAUUUACACCGCGUCCGCCAAUGGUGAAAACGUGCGGAAGCUGGCCGACAACCUUCCCGUGCCAGAUGGCAUUGGUGUCAGCCUGUCUCAAGGUCGCAUGUUCUGGAGCAACAUGGGCAUUCCGUCUGCAAAUGAUGGAACCAUCGAGUCUGCAAAACUGGACGGCUCGGACCGCAAGGUCAUUGCGCCAGCGGGUGUUGCGCAUACGCCUAAGCAACUGACCAUCGACCAUGUCAAUAAGAAGGUCUACUUCUCUGACCGGGAGGGCAUGCGCGUGCACCGGAUCAACUUUGAUGGAAGUGGCCACGAAGUUCUGGUUCAAAAUGGGGAUUUCAAUAAACUCGCCGAGAAGAGUGAUCAGACCAGACAUUGCGUCGGAAUCACCGUCGACCCGAAGCACGGCAAGAUCUACUGGACCCAAAAGGGGGCGAGCAAGGCAAGCCAAGGAAGAAUCUUCCGCGCUAAUAUUGAUACCCCCGCCGGCGAAACUGCCGCUACCCGAUCGGACAUCGAACUGCUCCUUGAGAACUUGCCAGAACCUAUAGAUCUGGAAAUCGACUCAGAUACUGAGAUCCUCUACUGGACAGACCGCGGUGAAUAUCCUAUUGGCAACACAGUCAACCGAACCUUUGUCGGCAGCGACAGCGACAGCAAGGUGCCCACUGCUCCUAAGUUUGACAUUUUGACUCGGCAUCUGCAUGAGGCUAUCGGUCUCUCCCUGGAUAACGUGAACAAGCACAUCUACUUUGUCGAUAUGGGCGGAUCAGUCUAUCGUUCCGAUCUCGACGGUCACAACAAGAUCGUUAUCUACAGUGGCAAGAAUGCUUUCACCGGUCUUGCUUUGACUCAUCAUUAA